CAUUCCCGCCACGCCUUCCAAGUUUCAACCCCACCUCCUCAUCCCCAUGAAUUCCCCUUCCGCCGCCAUCACCUCUACCGCCGCCGCCACCCUCAGCCGCACACCAACCGACGAGAUCAUCUUCGAGCUACUCCCCUUAAUCCGCGUCUACAAAAGCGGCGCUGUCGAACGCCUCUGCGGCACCACCACCAUCCCCCCCUCCUCCACCACCAAACUUCAUUCCAAAGAUGUCAUCAUCAACGCCGAAACCAAUAUCACCGCCCGCCUCUACCUCCCCACCACCCCAUCCCCACCUGCCAAGCUCCCCAUUCUCCUCUACUUCCAUGGUGGCGCCUUCCUCAUCGAAUCAGCCUUCUCACCAACAUAUGACCCCCACCUCAAAAACCUAUCCCUUCACGCUCCACUCCUCGCCGUCUCAGUCAACUACCGCCUCGCUCCGGAGAAUCCCCUUCCCAACGCCUACCAAGAUGCCUGGGCAGCGUUGCAGUGGGUCUGUUCUCAAGCCGACCCCUGGAUUAAGGACCGGGGGGAUCUGGACAGGGUUUAUAUAGCAGGGGAUAGCGCCGGCGCUAACAUCGUGCAGCAGAUGGCGGUGCGAGCGGGGGCGGAGGGGGUGAAGAUCAUCAAGGGAAUGGCGUUGGUAGACCCGUACUUCUGGGGGGAGGAGCCGGUGGGGAGGGAGAGGAGGGAUGUGGGGUUUCGGGAGGAUAUGGAGCGGUUGUGGAGGUUUGUUUGUCCGGGAACGAGUGGGGUAGAUGAUCCGAGGAUAAAUCCGGUGGCCGGGGAGGGGGCGGCGAGUUUGAAAGAGUUGGGGUGUGAAAGGGUGGUGGUGGUGGUGGCGGGGCAGGAUGUGUUGUGGAGCAGAGGGAUGCUGUAUUAUGAGGAGUUGAAGACCAGCGGGUGGAGGGGUGAGGUUCAGCUUGUUGAUACGCCGGAUGCUGUGCACGAUUUUCAUAUUUUUUAUCCGGAGACUGAGGCGGCCAUGGCCGUCACUAAGAAAUUGGCGGCUUUCUUUGUCUGAUACAUCAUACAUACAUAUAUACAUACAUAUAUAUAUGUAUAGCUUAUUUUGUUCUACUCUUAGAACUUCCAUGACAUGCGGCAUUCACAUAAGAAUCAUGUUAUAACUACUUUGAAG